AUGCCUUCAGCAAUUCCUGUCGUCCCAACAAGCCAGACCGCCAUCGUGGCCGAGGGCGCUGGAAAAAUCUCCAUCCGGCAUGAUGCACCUGUCGCCGCCCUGAGCCCUGGUACGGCCAUGGUCCGAACAGCCGCUGUGGCCAUCAACCCGGUCGAUGCCAAAAUGCUCGACUACAGCCCUGUGCCGGGAGCUAUCCACGGCUACGACUUCGCGGGCACCAUCGUCGCUCUAGGGCCCGACACACCAGCACACCUCCAGAUUGGCGACCGCGUCGCUGGCUUCGUGCAUGGCAUGAACCCUUCCCUGCCGGACGUGGGCGCCUUUGCCCAAUAUGUUGCGGCCCCAGCCGAGCUGCUGCUCAAGCUCCCGGUCGAUAUGUCCUUCACGGAUGCAGCUUCUAUCGGGCUGGGUCUGUUCACAGCGGGCCUGGGCCUGUUCCGGGAGCUCGAGAUCCCGGCCUCGCUGGACCCGGAGAAGCCAGGCCCUACUGGUCCCCAUGGCGCCGAAUUUGUCUUGGUGGCUGGCGGCGCCACUGCAACUGGGACGCGAGCCAUCCAGCUCUUGAAACUCGCGGGUCUCCGGCCGAUUGCCACCUGCUCGGCUAAGAACUUCCAACUCGUGCGCUCUUUCGGCGCCGAGGAGGUUUUCGAGUACAGCGACCCCGAGUGCGCAGCUGCGAUUCGCAAGUACACAGGCAACACGCUGGCAUACGCUCUCGACUGCGUGGCGACGGCAGAGACCACGCAGCUCUGCUAUGGAGCCAUUGGCCGGGCGGGCGGUCGGUAUGCCACCGUGGAGCCGUUCCGCGAUGCCAUCGCCGCACAGAGGCCACACACCAUUAAGCCCUCGUGGCUUCUGGCCUUGACCGUCUUUGGUCGCAAGGUGGCCCUUGAUGGGGACUAUGCGCGCGAUCCGAGCCCAGAAGACCAUCGCCUGGCCGUUGAACUGACUAAACAGGUCCAGGUCUGGUUGGAUAGGGGCCAAAUUAGCGUACACCCUGUGAAGAUCAUGACGGGAGGUUGGGAUGCCGUGCUGGAGGGGGUGGAUAUCAUUCGCAAACAGGCCGUCUCCGGGCAAAAACUCGUCUACCCUGUGUAG